GCUUGGUGUUAUAUAGUGGACGUCGCCCAAACUGCCCAUCCUGGGAUCGACAUCCCCUGGUCCGAAUUCUCGCGCCCGCACGACCCGACGCCCGAGAAAGAGAGCCUUUUCCCCUCAGGAUCAUAGCCAAAACUAGCCAUCAGUACAGAGUGCCCCGUAAACAACCCCAAUCUGGUCAUCCGCGUUUCGCCCCGCAAUGGCAUUGGAUAACUCGAUCCCGGGCACCGGAGUCUUUUCGGUGGACCCCGCUGCUAAGAAGCUUAAAAGGACCCGGGCAUCAGCGUCAAAGGUUAGGACCGGAUGCUUAACAUGGUUUCCUAGAGCCCGUCAUGUCAAAUGCGACGAAGAGAAGCCGUCCUGUAACAGAUGCAGGAAGGACAAGCACAAGUGUGAUGGAUACGCCGAGCAUCUGCAAGCAAAACGACGUCCGAGUCCCGGCUGCCUGAGGUCGACUCACAAACGGCCUGUCACGUCGGUGACACAACUAACCCCCCGGCUCAUGUUCCAUCAUGUCCACCGGUGUACUGUGCCGGACUUUGGACUCGCGACGCCCCUCGCCAAGAUAUGGAGUAACUACAUCCUGCCGUUGGGCUACUAUUCCGAUCCCAUCAAGCACGCCGUCAUCGCCCUGGGCGUUGCCCACAGAGCCUUCUUGGAGAACCCGUUCUCAGAUCCGAACCCUUCCAUGUCUGCGGUGGCGUUCGGCGACUUGGCCGAGGAACAAUACCGGAAAGCCGUCACGGGGACGAUAGAAAUCAUGGCCGACCCGUCGCCUGUCAACAUCCGCAUCACCCUCAUCAGCUGUCUGGUGUUUGUCUGUUUCGAGAUUGUGAGAGGCCAGUACGACAAGGCCGUCCAACACCUGAGAGCGGGGUCCCGCAUCCUCGAGUCACUUCACCAAGCUGCGCUGGCCAGCCAGAACGAUCCCAAGUCGCUCUCGGCGUUCGACAAACGUCUGGCCGAGACGGUACGGAGCCACUUCAGCCAGCUGUGCGACAUCACGAACAUGUUCGUCUCCAUGGGCAUGGACGCCUCCAUGCUGAUCGAAGCCGACGUCAUCCCCGACCUGACGUUCUUCACGCAGCCAGAAGAGGAGCAGAGCAAGACCACGCCGUUCUCGAGCGUCUUCGAGGCGCGGCUAUGCCUCCAUCGCGUGGAGCGCAUGUUGGUGCAAGCUUUUGAGGAUUCUUGGUACUGCAGCAUCGACCGCUGCUGGCACUCGACGCCGUCGUGCGGCAGCCACAAUGCGCCCACCGGGUCUGAGAAGGCCAACGACGAGGCGUGGGAAACCGCAAACGCGUGCUUCGAAGCGUGGGGCGCCCGCUUCGAGCUGUUCCAGCAGGCCCUGCCGGACAAGAUGGAGCCUGCCGACCUCCAUGAGCUCAAGGCGCUCCGGUUCUCGCAGAAGAGCUGGGUGAUCUUCAACGCGAAGGAAGGCCCAUGCGCGCUGAAAAGUUAUGAAAUGGCGGAGCUCCAUCGCCUCGUCGACAUGGCCGAGGACGUCGAGUCGUCCCGGGAGGAGGAGCGGUCGCGGCCCAAGUUCGCGCUCGCGGCCGACAUCGUGCCCUCGCUGGCGUACAUCUGCGCCUUCUGCGACAACGUCGACCUCGAGCGGCGCAUCAUCGACGUCCUGCGGCGCAUGAAGAGGAGGGAGGGCGUGUGGGACAGCCAGGAGAUGGCGAAUCUGUACGAGAUGGUGCUGCAGGCCAAGCUCGGCAACCAGUGGAAGGACGAGUACAACUGGGAGACGCUGCCGAACCUCGCGAGGAUGAUGUCGAACCUUGCCGUCUCCACGCCGUCGGGGAACAACCUCAGCAGCACCCCGCUGGUUUUGCUUUGAAGGACGCCCCCCCAUCAUUCGUGAUAGAGAGGAAUAGGUUUUCGUAUGACGCGCAUAGAGGCACAUUUUCUCGCUGAAUUGUAAAGAGUUUUUUUUUUAGUUUUUUAGUUUUUUUAAUAGAUGUACAAUUACCCGUGUUCGACGGGAAUAAUAGAGCCCU